UUGGAUUAUAAGGUUAAUGAAGAAGGGGUUUCCUUAAAAAUUGAAAAUUGGAAACGUAGUGUAUCCAAAUUUCUUGAGGAAAAACCACGGCCAAAUCCUUUUAAGGUUAAUUAUCCUGGGGAUGGCUGGGUAAAAGCAUUUUUAAAAAGACACCCUAACAUUGUCCAACGGACUAGUGAAGGAGUUACUCAGUCUAGUGCAAAUGUCUCAGAACAAGAUAUUCGGAAAUGGUUUGCUGAGAUACACCAGUAUUUAGAAGAAAUUGGUCUAUUGCAAUUGUUGGAUGACCGUACUCGAGUAUUCAAUGGGGAUGAAAGUGGUUUUCAGUUGUGCCCAAAAACAGGGAAACUUCUGGAGAAGCUUGCCCACCCAUGGUUGUCUACAACUACCAGCGAAUUCCACAAAAAUUCUGAUGGGAUUCCAAAAGACUGGGGUGAAGGACGAAGUGAUAAUGGGUGGAUGACUUCAGAACUGUUUUUUGAAUAUAUAGGAAAUAUUUUCUACCCGUAUUUACUACAAAAAGGUGUAGCACUGCCAGUCAUAUAUUUUCUAGAUGGAUACAAAACCCAUCUCACCUACUGUGCAAGUAAAUUAUGUAAAGAAUUGGGCAUUGAGCUUAUAGCUUUGUACACAAAUGCAACACACAUUCUACAGCCAACUGACGUAGCUGUUUUUCGGCCGGUGAAGGCGGCAUGGAAAGAUACAGCAAGGACCUGGCUUAUGAAUAAUCCAGGUGAGUCAAUAACAAAAGUUAAUUUCGCUGGUAUCCUUGAUGAAGCUCUUGAAAAAUCUAUAAAGCCUGAAACUUUGAUCAACGGAUUCAAAGCUUGUUGGUUGGUGCCUUUUAAUCCUGAUGCGAUUGAUUACGAAAAAUGUUUGGGCAGCAAUAAACAUAAUCAGACUCAGAACCCCCAACAUCAAGAACGUGUUUUAUCGUUUUCUCAAUUCAGCCAAAUAGUUAUAUAA